AUGUCUAGCCCACUCUGGGACCCUGAUUGCAUCCUUCAAGUAACCAACGGCGCGCCUCGAGGCAUGUUCUGUCUCGGCCAGGCCCGCAGCCGCUACGACAGCCGCUGCCGGUGGAAUGUUCCGCAUACCCAAUACCAACGCAUAUGCUCCAUGCUGACGAGCAUAUCGAUGCGACUGCCACACACGGUAUCCUACAAUGAACUGAGCAGUAUGGCUAGUCUAGGAUUAUGUAGCUAUCAUGUCGACCAGGAGGCUGAGGUUGUUGAUAAAUGGGAGAAGAUCCUUGCGAGUAUCAAGCACCUCCACGGCGAGUACCGACAGUCGCUACAGAGUAAUGAGGAGGCUCUGGAAGCCAUGGCGAUGGAUGUGGAUAAAUGCCGGGCGUUGAUACAAUGCAGUCCGGAUUCCGACGAGACAUUGUCCAUCGCCCUACGUCGGUAUGUUCGGCGGUAUGCACGGACCAAGAAGGAGCUGGAGGCAGAUCGCACAGCGCUCGCUUCGCUACGAAAAAGCCAGGUCAACACAGAAAUUCUCCAGAAAGAGAAGGCUGAGCUUUCCCAGAAAGUGUCCACCCUUUCCCAACGUCUCACCACGGCUGAGCAAGUCAUUCAGCGACAAAAUUCGGAGCAUACAAUGCGAGUUGAUGAUCUACAUAAGGCAUGGAACGAACUACGUGCUGAGAACGAGGAGAAAAAUAUGCAGAUAGAACACCUCCAUGAGCAGAAAUAUGAUUUGGAGCAGCGCUUGAAAGAGAAAUCCACUGAAUUGGAUAGCGCUUGCUUGGUUAGCCAAGGGCUGGGACGAGACAGGGACAGUCUCCAGUCAGAGCUGGAAAUCGUAAAAGAGGAAGUUGAAGUGCUGAAGAAGAAUAAAAUGGCUUUAUCGACUCAAUUAAACAACUUAUCUACCACUCUUAGACAUACGGAGCAAGAGCUAUCUGCCAGUUGCCAGGCUAACGUGAAUCUAACAGAGAGGCUAGAGAAAGUGACCGUGGAGCUUACAAAUCUGCAAGAUAAGCUGUGUGAGAUGCAUAUGAAGAAAUCCUUUUCCAUUCUACAGAAAUUGAAGGGUUGGAUCCGAGAUUCAUGGCGCGCGGUUACUGGUUGGCCUCGACAAAGACGAGCGCCAGCAUCGGAUGAGGAAGAAGGGUUAGCGCUUGCUGCAGUUGAUGGUAGACAUACUCGUCGAAGCUAG